CAAGAUUGUCCCAAGGGUCCUUAUGGUAACCGGAGGACAAGGUGGUUAUCUUCCCACUGAGUUCCAAGGGCUGAAGGGCUGGCGACGCCGUUGGAUUCAUUCAGCCAUUACCUAUAUUUAGAGGAAUCAUGAUUAGCAGGAACGAUAUCAUCCUGCAAGGAAUUGAAGCGGAAUGCGAAAACGGAUGCGAGCACGAUAACAAUAAUGAUCAAAAUUGUUCUACGAGCGUUGCGAACGUCAGAAAGGAAGAUGCGUUCGUAAAAAGAAGUCACAGCAAUUACUAUCAGCCGCAUAGAGCCCCGUUAGUUGGUUGGCAAAACGGAAGUCCUACAAUUUAUUCAAAUCUCCUCCAGCAAAGCGUCGAUUUCGACGAGACCAGCUUACCCUCGAAAAGCUGUAAUGUACGUGAAAUCAAUUUGGAUGCGAUCAAUAUGACGGACAGAUCUAUCGACGCGAUCGAAUUGCUUGAGCCGACCGAUACGAUCAUCAAGCCGAUGGAACAGAGCGAUGCUUGGAACAAAAUUCAGAAGACACCCGUCAAUCGUAAGGAUUAUGCCGAUACAAGAAGAAAUCGAAUGCGAGUCAAGGAUUCCAUCGAUUCCUUGAGCAUUUCAGAGCGAGAGGAAUCGUUGAGUUUUAUAGCGAGGGAAGCUAAACGUGAAAAACCGAAAGUGCCUGAUGGCGGUUGGGGCUGGGUGGUCGUUUUGGCCUCCCUGGUCAUCUCCAUGGUGGCCGAUGGUGUCUCCUUCAGCUUCGGCCUGCUUUACAUCGAGUUUCUUCAUGAAUUUGGCGCCUCAAAAUCCAAAACCGCCUGGAUCGGUUCGCUUUUCAUGGCAGUACCUCUUCUGUCCGGACCGAUCAUGUCCGCCCUUGUCGAUCGUUACGGAUGCAGAAAUAUGACCAUCGCUGGCGGUCUGAUAUCAGGGCUGGGCUUCAUCCUGAGUAUCUUUAGCAAUACCAUCGAAGUAAUGUACUUAACGUUCGGCGUGAUCGCGGGCCUUGGUCUUGGUUUGUGCUACGUCACCGCGGUUGUAAGCAUCGCCUUUUGGUUCGACAAGAAACGAACCCUAGCUGUAGGUCUCGGGGCAUGCGGCACCGGAAUCGGUACGUUUGUCUACGCUCCUAUGACGACGUACUUCAUCGAGGAGUACGGCUGGCGAGGCGCUUGUUUGCUCCUAGCUGGUACUUUCUUCAAUAUGAUUGUCGCGGGUACCGUUAUGAGAGAUCCGGAAUGGUGGAUUCUGGAGCAACGCAAACAGGAUCAAGCUCUGCCGAAGAAAUCGUACGGCCGCUCGGACGCAAGUUCAUCGGACGAGUUUCCAGGCGUCGAGGAGCUGAGGAAGCUCUUUAGAAGCGACCACGCGCCUGAAUAUUUUUUACAAAAUCUAAGUACGACCACUAAAGCGGUCGACGGAGUGAAGAGACAGACAACGAGUGUAGUCAAUCUACCAACUUUUGUAAAGCAAAGCGAAAAGGUGCCUUUGGAAGUACUGGAGUUAUUGCUGUCUAAUUCUAGGCUGUACACUGUCAUUCUAGAGAAUUAUCCCAGCCUUUUGUGUAGAAGCUUAUCCGAUAAACAACUGCAAGACUCGACGGGAGAAAUUUGUAAUAAAAGCGGCGUCACUAUGUCAAUGAGGCUUAAACGGGCGACGGAAUCGAAAGCGAUCAUUGAACAAAAAAAAGAUUCAACCUCCAUUCACGCCCCGACGAAACAGGUUUGCGGCAGAAAAAUAUCUAGGAAGGAAAUAGAAGAAAUUAAUCCUGUACUAGCAAAGGAAAUCAUGCAUGCGGUCGCACCGGCUGAAAAAAAGAAAUCUGUGUUGAAACGCUACGUCGAGCCGCAGCCCAGUAAUGUCAUCAGGACAGAUUCCUUGCCUUGGCUCAGACGACAAUUCAGCACCAACACCCAUUAUUUCAAGGAUAUCAGAGUUCACCGAAAUUCCGUUAUGUAUCGCGGUGCUGCUUUAAAUCUGCACAAAUACAGGCUGAGAGCGAGCAGUUGUCCUGACAUCUAUAGAAAUAGUAUGACCACGCUGGCAAAAGAGAACGAACAGAAGUGGUACGCCGAACUAAUAGACUUGUUAAAGGGUAUGUUGGAUUUCUCCAUGUUUUUUGAAUUACAUUUCCUGUUAAUGUCAUUGUCGACAAUGUUGCUAUUCACAUGGUUCAUCAUACCGUAUUUUUACCUGGCGGAGCACAUGACUAGAAACGGUUACGACGAGUCCAAUGCCGCUAAUCUCCUCAGCAUCAUCGGUAUAACCAAUACCAUCGGAAUGAUUGGUCUGGGCUGGGCUGGCGAUCAACCCUGGAUGAAUGUCAGGAAAACGUAUGCCUGGUGCCUGAUAGCCUGUGGAGCAGCCACCAUAUUUAUGUCUGUGUUCACGCAACAUUACGUAUUUCUGUCGAUAAGCUCGGCAGCUUUCGGUCUUUUCUUUGCCAGUAAUUUCAGUUUCACGCCCGUUAUAUUAGUAGAACUGAUUCCUUUGGAAAGAUUCACUACCGCUUACGGUCUUAGCUUAUUGUGUCAAGGAAUCGGAAAUCUUUUGGGACCUCCAUUGGCUGGAUGGUUCUUUGACGUAACCGGUUCUUGGGAACUUUCUUUCCAGAUGGCUGGUGGUUGGAUCAUUGUCUCUGGAAUCUUGGUAGGUAUUAUACCGUAUACGAGAAAUCGUAAGAUUUUCGGUAGUGGACCAAUCGAGAUGGAACGAAUGAAUUGCGAAGACUGUUUGGCAUAGAUAACAAAAAUAUACUUUUACUACGUUUGUAAAUUGCGCACU